AUAAUGAAUGGAAUCAAAAAUAUCGAAGUGUGAAACUUUCACCUCAAAAUAUGCGAUUAUUUGACGGAUUUCUGAGAUAAUUUUACUGAUGCAAUGGCGGGGAUAGAGACGCCGAAUCCGAGUUCACUGCAUUCCAAAGGAGGGUCGAGUAGUGGCAGUGAUAGCAGUACAAACUCGGUCGCUGAAGAAGAAAGACUACGCCGACUUUUCGUGAGUUGUGAUCAUGAUAAAGAUGGAUACAUCGACAGUGAGGACCUGUUGCUCAUGUGCCAGCGCCUCAACAUGGAGGAUGCAGUGGAGGAGCUACGUCACCAACUCGGCAUGGGACCGCAGGGCAUGAUAUCAUUUGAACAGUUCAUCCGUUGCCGGAGGAAACUGGUCCAGGAGAUUGAGCAAGUCAAGUCGUGUCAGAUGGAUGAGAUGCAGGGCACACAACAACUGAUGUCAUGGCCGAAUAGCAGCGACAAUAGUCUCGCAAACUCUGGUAUCGGCUAUGACAGUGGUGCUCAAGACUUAGGCCCGGAACCACCAACGUUACACAAGCUGUUUGAAUCGUCUGAGCCGGAGAUCUAUCAGAAGAUUACUGAGAGUCCAAACACGAGUCACUGCUUAGAGAUGGCCAAUUCACUCCACCUGGCGGCCAUCGCCUCAAUGAAGACAGACCUGCGGGAUAUGUCUAACCGCCUCCAGCAUGUGACGACAGAGCGUGACUUGCUGGAAAAGCAGCUGAGCAAAACACAGCUGUGUACCUCACAGAGUGAGAAGUUCACAAUGCAGCGAGAAUGGCAGGACCGGUUAGACGAGCAGAGUCUACGAUAUGAGGAGAGGAUCACGGAGCUUCACAGUGUCAUCGCCGAGUUACGGCGGAAGAUCGAACGGACGCAGAUCAACGUGAUCCGGGAGGAAGAUGAAUAUGAAGAAGGUUCAGAGACGAAUAGUAUCAACGGAAAUAACGCCAAUGAUUCACAAUGUGCAAGCAUGGAACUUGGCCAAGACUUGAAUGCUGAGCUAUCACGUGUUGUGUCAGAGUUAGAGAAUCGUAUUGGUGAGAACAAGAAGAAUGGUGCAGAGUCGGAAACAACCCAACCAUACAUCACUCUCCAGCCGUACCUCAAGGAGGGCACACUGGAGGGGAACAAGGUUUGUAAAGAAGUUGAUGGCCAUAUGCUACCCGAGUCUGACUCUUCCGGCACGGAAGGUGUGAAUCCUAAAGAUCAUGUGAUGAACAUCAAGAUGGAGAAUCACGAGUUGAGGGGGACGUUAAAUGAUCAGGAUUCGCUGAUUAAUAAACUGCGUAUCGAGAUUGAAAACUUCCAUGAGGAGAGAGAGGUUCUGAAACGUCAGAUCCGAGAACUCCAGUCCAAAACUCAUGACAGUCCGUCAUCUCCCUCUAGGAGUUGGGUUCCACCAUCGCCCAUGAGAUCUCCCGCCCAUCAACAACAACAACAACAACAACAACAACAACAACAGAGGCUUGACGGGGCACUAGUCAGCUCGGAGCCGUCAAAGAUUGCCAAGGUGGCCGAGUUGAAGCGGUUGAAACCAAAGCCCCCUGGUACCGGAGGAGAUCGAAUAUUUGGUGCUGAAAUCAGCUCCCAAGGGCUUCCAAGUUCUAAAGUAGCGGAGCAUCUCUCCCAGAACCUCCAGGACCACUGUAAUAUGCAAGACCUUGUCCAAGGUUGCCAUGGCAACAAGGUGCCAGCAGAGAUUAUACGGGAGUUUGAGAUCGAAGUGGAAAGAUUAACAAGUAAAAUAGACAAUCUGAAAUCUCAGAACGAUUUAUUACAAAUCACCCUCGAUGAGAGUAAAUCACAUGCGGAUCGCUUGAGUGUUUUGAUGGGGAAAUAUGAGUCGAAUAACAUGGCCCUUCAGCUGGCAGUAAACUACACAGAUCAGUUGAGUGAGGUGUAUGAUGUGUUCACAGCACUGCAAGAGAGUGAGAUCGGUGUCCUGUUGGUGAACUGUCGCGCAGCUGGCUUAGGAAGCAUUGCUGGUGUAACAGAGGCUGAUGAACAGGAAGACAUUAGUUCCCUCCUCCAGCGCACGCACACGACGCGGAAGAUGACAGAGAAUGUGGCCAAACAGUUAUUACAGCGGUUAGAUCGUAACUCUGGGAUCCACAUGCCAUCAGGGUGUCACACGGCUCCCUGGGAGGAGCUAUCAUCAACCAGUCGCACAACCAGCACGACAAGUUCAACUGGCAGUAACGGUGACUCGGAAUUCUCCAAAAUGGACGAGAAGAAGUUACGAGAAUACAUCCAACAAUUAAAGAAUGAUCGCUCGGCAGUUACUAUGACGAUGAUGGAGUUAGAGAGCGUCCAUAUUGACCCGUUCGAUAUGGAGGCGAGGAAGAACCCGGAGGCUCAGAGGCUCGAUCUGGAGAAUGCUGUGCUCAUGCAAGAGUUGAUGGCGAUGAAGGAGGAGAAGGCCGAGUUAAAGGCACAUUCGUACCUCCUGGAGCGGGAGAAGAAGUCCAUUGAACUGCGUCUUAACGGCAAGGAGUCGCAGGAACAGGCUUAUAUUGUCCAGAUAGAACAUCUCAAGUCAGAGAUGAAGGAGUAUCACCGUCGGUUACAGAGAGAGGAAAGGAUGAGGCGUGGAGAAAAGAAUCCCGACAGUGACUCUUCUUCAGAUAAGAACUCCAAUGCAUCGCCGGCCGACCAGCGCGUGCACAGUCCCAGUGAGGUACAACAAGACUUACAGGAAUCAUUACGCCGCGAACGCAAACUUAAGGCGCGGGUUCAUGACCUCGUUGCAACGCUGGAGAAAUUGUCGCGGAAUUCUGAAGUGCGCCAUCAACAGUCUGCUGAGUUUGUGAAUGAUUUGAAGAAAGCGAAUAGUGCCCUCAUCUCAGCAUUCGAACGUGCCAAGAAAAAGUACCAGAGUAAGAUGAAGAAGAUGGAAGCUCAGCUGCAGAAUCUUCGAGAACAGUAUGAAACACAGAUUAAACUGCUGCGACAACGGAUCGUCCACCUGGAGGAGGAGGUGAAACGCCCACGCACAAAUGAAACGUCAUUAUAGCAAUACGCCGAUUACGGAGAAUUGUGAUAAAGACUGAAAGUGCCACCUAGUGGCUUGUUUGUAAAUAUCCUUCUCCGUUGGUUGUGUGUACGAGUCAAACUCGAUAGUCAGGGGGGAUACAACCUUCAACUAAUCCACCCUGACGAUAGUCAGGGUGGAUUAGUUGUAUAGUCAGGGUGGAUUAGUUGCAGGUUGUAUAGUCAGGGUGGAUUAGUUGCAGGUUGUAUAGUCAGGGUGGAUUAGUUGAAGGUUGUAUAGUCAGGGUGGAUUAGUUGCAGGUUGUAUAGUCAGGGUGGAUUAGUUGCAGGUUGUAUGGUCAGGGUGGAUUAGUUGCAGGUUGUAUAGUCAGGGUGGAUUAGUUGCAGGUUGUAUAGUCAGGGUGGAUUAGUUGAAGGUUGUAUGGUCAGGGUCGAUUAGUUUUAUAGUGACCAUGUGGUGUCUUGAAAAUGGCUUUUGGAUAGAAUAUGGAGGAAGGUCAUUACGAGACGAGAUUGGAAAGCUUGGUCCGAGUCUCACUCUGCCCUCACAUCAUCUGGAGCAUAGAAUUGCUCACUGCAGACAAUGUGCAACACAUACAUCCUCAUAUGCCUCCAUGUGGAUAUAUUUUGAGUCAUCAGUGGAGCUUACCUCAUGAUAUAUUGUCUGGGAAAGUAGCAGUGAUGUCUGAGAGUUGUGAUUCAGGUGGUAGCAUACAUACUGGAGCCCAUUCUCCUCAACAUGAUGAAAUCAAAACAUGUUUCCUCGGGUAGUAAUGGCCGCCAGUUCAGAUCAUCUUUAUCAUACAUGAGCGCCAGGCCUGAUUCCACCGUCUUGCAGUGAAUGUUCUUACAAUGCAUAUGAUGUUACAUGAUUCACCUCACUGAUUGAGCAGACGUGACCUCAACCUAGGGCAUGGCUGUAUCAUCCAUACUCACCGUAGUUUUUAUCUCUAUUUUAUGAUGGAAUCUUCCGUAGAUUUUGGAAGGACAAAUUCAACUCCUGUUUAUUAGAUAUUUGUAUAAAGCUUCUUAGCAUAAUUUAUGCAAUUUAUUGCCAUUUUGAAUAUAUUAUGAUGAUGAGAUUAUCAGUUUAUUUGUAUUGGACUUAUUAAUAUGUUGUAUAUAUUUCCAAUGUGGGGCACAAUCUCUGGAGAGGACGUCAAUCUGUGGGUUGUUUUUCGAAUGAUUGGGAACAGAAAUGAUCUUUUCCAUUUAAAUGAUCAUGAUUCGAUUAUUUUAGGUUAGAAGUCAUUUUGGGUGGGAAUUUGGUGAUUUUGUUAGGAAGUUUUUAUGUGUGUUUACCUCUUCAAUCAAGAAUAGUCAUUAUUUAUUCUUGAUUCAGUGCAGUCUGUUUCAAGCAUAAUUUAUAGUUGUGUAUACAUUGUCAGUUUUGGAGGUGUUAACCUGUUUGUUUGUUUGGGGGGGGGGGGGGGGGGAUGAGACCCCUUACACCAGAAUGGGUAGUAAGACACAUUUGGGACCUAUGGAAUUAUUCGCAUGUUCAUUAUAGCUUGGGUUAUAAGCUACAUUUGAUACUACUUCCUUCUUUGUAUCUAUUGUGAUGCCUGAGAUAUUCAUAAAUAUGUUUGGAGAAAUGUAUUACAACGUUGUUUGAAGAAAUUGAAGGUUUUAAACCCGGAUAAAAGGUUGAGGUAAACAGGUCACUUGAUCAUUGCUCUUGGACUCAACAGUGAAAGGUUGAUAUUGUGUAUAUUGCAAUGAAUUCUAGAACUAUGCACUAGAAGCUACCUGGAUGGAUGAGUCAUCCGGGCUCGAGAGUUGGGGUUUAAAGUCAACACAUUAGUUAUUUCCCCUUGGGAGGACACAAGUUACUUUAAAUGUAUUUUGGAUGACAUUUUUGCCAAAUUCUUUGCUUUUCUAUGGUUUUAGUAUUACACAGUAGUACAUGUACUAUGGUGCAAUUGUGUUCAAGUGUCCUGGAGAAUCUGUAACCAUAGUAACCACGUUGUAAACACUUUGUUGACAUAGUGAAUGCUGGUCAGAGCGUUUGUAUGGAGAGAUCGCUUCUGAUGAGAAAAUUCUUUCAGAAAAAUUUUAAAAUAGGCCUUGAAUUUUCAAUUGGAAUGUUUUACAGGGCUUUACGAUCAUUCUGAUUGGUUACAACUUCUCCAGGAUACAAUCUAUCGGAUGCAUUUAAAUCUGCCUAAUGAUCUUUGUAAAUGUGAUGUUUAUACAACUUGUACAUGGAGGAAUAAACUGUAUAUUACAUGA